AUGACAAGAGCGGACGACGGCUGUGGCGGCACGUUGCGUGGUCAGAGUGGGGUCAUCAACAGCCCCAACUACCCGCAGGAGUACAGCAACAACGCUGACUGCACCUGGACCAUCCUGGCAGAGCCCGGCGACACCAUCGCCCUCGUCUUCUCCGACUUCCAGCUAGAGGACGAUUACGACGUUCUGGAGGUCAGCGGGACCGAGGGUUCAUCCCAGUGGUUUACAGGGCCGAACCUGCCCUCCCCCAUCAUCAGCAGUAAGAACUGGUUGAGAAUCCACUUCACAACAGACGGCAACCACAAACUGAGGGGCUUCAGCGCUCAGUAUCAAGUGAAGAAAAUGACCGAGCUGAAGUCCAGAGGCGUCAAGAUGCUGCCCAGCAAGGACAACCACAGCAAGAUAUCAGUGUUAUCCCAGAUGGGUGUGGCCCAGGGACACAACAUGUGUCCUGACCCAGGGAUCCCCGACCGCGGGAAAAGGAAGGGGUCAGAUUUCAGACGUGGAGCCACAGUGCACUUCUCCUGUGAUGAGGGUUAUGAGCUACAGGGCACUAAGAGCAUCACCUGCCUGCGUGUGACCGACAGCUACGUGGGAUGGAGCGACGACCGGCCAAUCUGCAGAGCUCCAAUGUGCGGGGGGCAGUUGCGAGGACCAACGGGCAUUAUCACGUCCCCAAACUUUCCUGUCCAGUACGACAACAAUGCCAACUGCACCUGGGUGAUCACCGCCUCCGACCCCUCAAAGGUGAUCAAACUGACGUUCGAGGACUUUGACUUGGAGCGAGGCUACGACACACUAACAGUGGGGGACGGCGCGACCGUUGGGGAUCAGAGGACCGUCUUUCACGUGUUGUCCGGUACAACCACCCCGGAUCUGGUGGUCAGCACAAGUCAUCAGAUGUGGCUCAACUUCAAAACGGACGACACCAGUGGUUCCCUUGGCUUUAAAGUAUCUUACGAAGUCUCUGAUUGGGAGAAUGACACGUUUCACAGCAAUGAAGGACUCCUCUGA